AAACUGAAAGGAAGAGAGACACGUCACAGCUGUCAACAAUGUGACAAAUCCUUUACAACAUCUGGAAAUUUAAAGAUCCACCUGCGUAUUCACACGGGAGAAAAACCGUACAGCUGUGAAGAGUGUGAAAAAAGGUUCACUAGAUCAGAUAAUCUCAAAACACAUCAGCGUAUUCACAAGGGAGAAAAACCGUACAGCUGUGAAGAGUGUGGGACAACUUUCACUACAUCAAGUGCUCUCAAAUCACAUCAACGUAUUCACACGGGAGAAAAACCGUACAGCUGUGUCGAGUGUGGGACAACUUUCACUACAUCAAGUCAUCUCAAAAAACAUCAACAUAUUCAUACUGGAGAUAAACCUUACAGCUGUGAAGAGUGUGGGGCAACUUUCACUACAUCAGGCAAUCUCCAAUCACAUCAACGUAUUCAUACUGGAGAAAAACCUUACAGCUGUGAAGAGUGUGGGACAACUUUCACUAGAUCAGAUGCUCUGAAAUCACAUCAACUUAUUCAUACGGGAGAAAAACCUUACAGCUGUGAAGAGUGUGGGACAACUUUCACUACAUCAAGUUCUCUCAAAAAACAUCACCGAAUUCACACUGGAGAAAAACCGUACUGGUGUGAAGAGUGUGAGAAAACGUUCACCAGAUCAGAUGCUCUCAAAUCACAUCAACGUUUUCAUUCGGGAGAAAAACCUUACAGCUGUGAAGAGUGUGGGACAACUUUCUCUACAUCAAGUCAUCUCAAAGCACAUCACCGUAUUCACACGGGAGAAAAACCGUACUGGUGUGAAGAGUGUGGGAAAACGUUUACUAGAUCAAGCAAUCUCAAAGCACAUCAACGUAGUCAUACUGGUGAAAAACCAUAG